GAACCGGAAACCAAAACACUACAUCCUGCUUACGUCUACGGCCUUCAGAAUAAAAGCACAUCUUUAACUGUCAGACCUCAUUAUGUGCUGUAGAGAGUGUGUCAGGGAAUGGUUUUUCUUUUACAAGUUAAUUGCAGUGUUGACAUUUUUGUUUGACACUUUUUGUGUUAACAUUUUGAAGAAAUGCUAUAGGAGCUAAUUACUUCCGGGUUGUUGUUGUUAGCAUUAGCUCUGGAGUGUGGAGUGAUUGAGCACCAGGAAUGAACCUUCAGAGCCUCCGUAUGUGUGAAUCAAGUUGUGAAUGGACUUUAUUCUGUUCCCCUUCCUCUCACUACAAACAUCUGAUGGUAGCUUAGCAGGCUAACUGCAUACACACACAGGGAGUGUUUGACGGAGAGCAAACCGAGUUGGUGACAAGAAGUCGUUGUGAUCGUGUGAAAAUGUCUAAAGUCCAAAUGCUGAGAGCUUUAGUGAACCAGAGACUAAGUGUGGCUGCUGCAGAGAUCUUUGAAGUGUUUGAAACAACGAUAGCAGAUUACGAGGAGCAACUGUGUCGAUCCAGAGAAGAGAGCGAGCGGAAACAAAGACUACUGGACGCUGUUCUCAGUCCUCAGCUUCGUUUACACCGAGCAGAGCGUCCUGCAGAUGUCCAGCAGCCGUUGGUGAGUAAAGCAGAGCUUCCCCCUGAGCAGCAGGAGUGGAGCACUAGUCUGGACCAGGAGGACCCUGAGCCCCCACACAUCAAAGAGGAACAUGAGGAACUGUGGAGCAGUCAGGAGGAAGAACAGCUUCAAGGACUGGAGGAGGUGAAAGAGGAGGAGGAGCAAGCUCAGUCCUCACAGCUUCAUCAGAGACAAAAUGAGGAGAUUAGAGACUCUGUGGAAGAAGCAGAACCAGCUGUGAGCUCAGAGACAGAGAGGUCUUUCCACCCAGAGACUGAGGACCGGAGUGGAGACUCUUCAGAACAUGAGGCUGAAGACAGACUCGUACAGAAACAGGCCGAGGAAGCACAUUUAGGUCCAAACUUUUUAAACAAUGACGAGUAUGACUCUCAUGUGAAACUGUUCCGCUGCUCUCAGUGUGGCAAAUGUUUCAAUCAAAACUCAAAUCUAAAGACACACAUGAGAAUCCACACAGGAGAGAAACCUUUCUGCUGCUCUGUGUGUGGGAAAAGAUUUGCCCAGAAGGCUCAUCUGCAGAAUCAUGUGAAAUGUCACACGGGAGAAAAACCGUACGGAUGUUCACUUUGUGACAAACGUUUUUCCCGCUGUGAACACUUACAGCUUCACAUGAGAACACACACAGGGGAGAAACCCUUCAACUGCAACACCUGUGACAAAAGGUUCACCUGACUUUAUCAGUUCAAAAACCACAAGUGUGGAGGGGGGUCAUCACAGUGUCACGAACUGUGGAGCAGUCAGGAGGAAGAACAGCUUCAAGGACUGGAGGAGGCUGAUAGCACCAAGUUCCCCUUCACUCCUGUCUCUGUGAAGAGUGAAGAUGAUGAAGCUCAGCCCUCACAGCUUCAUCAGAGACAAACUGAACAGAUGGAGACAGGAGCUGAUGGAGAGGACUGUGGAGGAGAAGAACCAGCCGCGAUGUUACACCCCCGAACAUUUAACUGCUUCUUUGAACACUUCUAGUGAUCGUUGUGGAGCACCUCAGGUGGACUCUUUGUUUGAGGUGAGACGCUGAUGUCUUAAACUGAAGGAGUCUCAUUUCUGCAGCUUUAAUGAAACACACUGACCUGUGAUCAGUUCAGCUGCUGUGUGUGUGUGUGUGUGUGUGUGUGUGUGUGUGUGUGUGCGUGCGUGCGUGCGUGCGUGCGUGCGUGCGUGCGUGCGUGCGUGUGUGUGCGCGCGCGCGCGGUGUAUGGUG